AUGCAACCACAAGCAAAAGCUGAUGGAGAUGUGGAGACAUCAUUCAGACGAUCUAAGAUAAACGCAGCGGAUGCCCUCAACUAUAUGAAAGACUUUUCACAAGAAUUCCAGCGGCCAGGUUCCAACACAAUAACCCAGCACGCCGUUUCGGAAAUAAAUCCUAUAGUGUAUGAUGUUGAUUACACCGUGAUGCAUAAUUCUUCUCAAGGGACAGGAGGUGAAGGGCACAUUCGAAAAGACAAAAUGACCACGGAGCAACGUCACUCACAAAGAGAUUUAUCAAAUGUUGUUAGGCACGGAAAUAGCCUCGCCAAUAGCUUUAUGAAAAUUGAAACGGGUCUUCUUGGCUUGCGUUUUGACGGACGAGGUUCAGCAUCAUUUAGAGAAAAAAUCGCUGCAGGUCAAAGGAUUGCCUUGCGAAUCUACAUACAGAACGAGAUUAAAAGGCGAGCAGCUGAUUUGGGACUGGUGAAACUCGGAAGUUGCGAAACCUCGCUCAUAAGAGAUGUGGCAAAGCGCAUAGUUGAGCGUGGCAGAACAAUGACUCAAGCAGAGGGCAACGUGCUUGCAGAUGACAUAUUUCAGCGAGAGUUCAAACCCGAUGUUGAGGACGAGUCAGGUGUAGGAUAUAUAGAGCCGUUCUUGAAGAGGAGUAAAGAGAUACACAAUGAGAUCUCAGAGUUGAUUUGGAAUCUACAAUUUGAUCGCACUUUCGCGAGAACCAUGUCACAUCUCCUCCCACUCAACUACAACUCUUGGGCAAAGGAGACAACAACACCAAAGGGAAGAACCUUCCCCGAGUACCUUGCUCUCUUAUGUCUCCGCAUUGGUACCCUAAUUGUCGAUGAUAAUCUUUCCGACCUCAACUGGACAUUUGAAACCAAUGAAGAAGUGACUGUCUGUCUUUGCCAAACUUCUCCACCAGAGAUCGGUUCGUUUCCACCGCACAUCGCCAGAACUCUCUUAACAGAUUUGGACAUCAUCACCUUUUGUGGUGCUCAAGGCUACUUGCCAGCUGCGACUGCUGCCAGCAUUGUUCAAGUUUGGAACCGUGUGCAUCCAAUGGCCAACAUGGCUAUUCAAGGCACUCUCCCUGUUACACAGCACAUUGCUUCCACUCAGAAUGCAUAUGGUGCCUGGGAAAUGCCUUCCGGUGUCAUCGUUGCUCCACCUCCGAAGCCAGCUUUCGAUCAGCCUCUUGCUUACACUCCACCUGCUCUAAUACCAGGUGCAGCAGGAUCAUUAACUGGCUCACUACCACCACCUCCUCCUUGGUCCACUGGUAUGAUGGCUGGAUACUGGGGUCACGAUAGUGGUACUAUCGACCUCAGUGCACUUGACACCCGAUUCGACCAAUUUAACCCUACCUCUCUCGCUGAUGCAGGCGGCCUCUAUAUGCCUGACGAUGCCCCUUCACCACCACUCUUUGCAGACUUCUAG